AUGGCAUCGGCUCCGCGCACAAACGGGGUGCAAUCGCCCGCGGUGGGAGUUGGACCAUCUUAUCGUCCUGCGGAAGAGAAGCCAACAGCAACUGUGUCGAGAGAUGUGCCGUAUGAGAAUGUUCAUGUACUUCCUCAAACGCCACAGCUCAUUGCUCUGCUUACCAUGAUCCGCGACAAAGAAACCGACCGAGCUGAUUUUAUCUUCUAUUCCAAUCGUAUCAUCCGUCUCCUGGUUGAAGAAGGCCUGAAUCACCUGCCAGUCGUAACGCAUACGGUCACAUCUCCCGUGGGGAAGGACUAUGUGGGCGUGAAAUUCGAAGGCAAGAUAUGUGGUGUUUCUAUCAUGAGAGCUGGCGAGUCAAUGGAAGAAGGAUUGAGGGAAUGUUGCCGGUCGGUCAGAAUUGGCAAGAUCCUGAUUCAGCGGAAUGAAGAGACCAGCAAGCCAAAACUCUUCUAUGAAAAGCUUCCUCCGGAUAUCAAGAGCCGAUGGGUAUUGCUCCUUGACCCGAUGCUGGCUACUGGCGGCAGUGCCAUCAUGGCCGUUGAAGUUUUGAAGAGCAAGGGCGUCCCUGAAGAACGAAUCCUGUUCUUGAACUUGAUUGCUAGUCCUGAUGGCAUCGAAAACUUUGCAAACAAGGUUCCAAAGGUGAGGGUGGUUACGGCCUUCGUGGACCAAGGUCUAAAUGAGCGAAACUAUAUUGUCCCUGGCCUGGGCGACUUUGGUGAUCGCUUCUACACUCUUUGA